AUGGGGAGCUGCAACUGUAUUCCAAAGAAGCAACCUGAAUAGGAACUCCAUACUCAAAGAGGUUCAAGUGAUCACCAUAUAGCAGACAAGGAAAAGUAGACAGAAGAAAAAUCAUUUUGUCAUGGUUGAAAUCAUUAUCUUAUGCAGAGGAUAAUAAACCGCUUAAUGAUGAAGCCCAAUAAUUAGUACAGAGUACCAAAGGCAUUCAUAAAAAAUUACCAAGAAUCAAUAUGAUCAAUGGAGGCUAUUAUGAAGGGGAAUGGUUCAAUUUUAUGCGACAUGGUGAAGGAAUACAUGUAUAUAUUUUCACCUCAGUAAUUUAAUAGUAUUGGGCUGAUGGAGGCCAUUAUGAAGGAUAAUGGAAGAAUGAUAAAGCAGAAGGUUAUGGCAAAUUAAGUAACCAUUACAUUUAUUCAGUACAUUGUGAUGGAGAUAUCUAUGAUGGACAAUGGGCUAAUGAUAUGGCUAAUGGAAAAGGAACUUACACUCAUGCAGGAGGUGCUCGUUAUGAAGGUGAUUGGCUUAAUGACUAAUAGCAUGGUUUUGGAACUGAAGUUUGGCCAGAUGGUUCUAAAUAUGAAGUAUUCAAAUUAUUCCAUAUUAGGGAAUGUAUACUUUUGGUAAAAAGAAUGGAAGAGGAAAGUUGUAAUUUGCUGAUAACAGUCUUUAUGAAGGAGAGUUUUUGGAUAAUGAGAUUAGUGGAAAUGGGAAAUAUGUUUGGAAUGAUGGUAAGACCUAUAUUGGAGGUUGGUUAAAUAAUAAAAUGAAUGGAUAUGGUGAGACUAUAUGGCCAGAUGGAAAAAGUUAUAAAGGACAGUAUUUGGAUGAUAAAAAACAUGGUUAAGGUGUGUUUUCUUGGAAUAAUGGAAAAAGAUAUGAAGGAGAAUGGGCUCUUGGAAAAUAAAAUGGAAAAGGAGUUAUUAUAACAGAAACAGGAGAAAGAAAAGCUGGUAUAUGGGAAAAUGGAAGAAGAAUCAAAGUAGAAGGUGAAAAUGAUUAAACAGCAGAGGGAGAAACAUGA